AUGAAUGGAACGGAAUUGCACAAGACUUUUACAUGGGAGAUAGAUAACUUCACCGUAAGGAAAUUUCCAAUAGAGUCUACUGUGUUCUUAAGCGGCGGCUGCGAAUGGUAUGUUCUAGUUCGUCCCAAGGGAGAUGGCUUUGAUGAUUACUUGUCUUUGUAUUUGUGCGUUGCGAACCCUAGAUCAUUGCAACCUGGAUGGAAAAGGCGAGCCAAUUUGCAAUUCAUUAUAUUGAAUCAAUCAGGCAAAGAGGUCCACAGAACAUCUGAACGAGAUGGCUUUUUUGACGCUGAGAUACCUGGAUGGGGUUUUCGAGCAGCUUUGCCUCUUAACAAGUUACAGGAUAAAGAGUUGUUGGAGAACAACACACUAAUCAUUGAAGUAUACACUAAAGUUACUGAAGUUGUUCAUCAAGGAGAUGAAACUAGCAAGGAGAUGGUAGAUUUCAGAGGUUUCAAUGUUCUUUCUUCUCAAGUUACUUCAGUGAGCCAGAUUUUCGCAAAGUACCCAAACUUUGCGGUUGAUAUCAAACCAAAAGGCAGAGCGGUGAGGACAACAUACAUGAAGAUUCUCCUCGGCCUAAUCAAGACAGUAAACCAGCCUCCAGAGAGCUUCUCAGAGACUGAACUAGUUAAGGCUUACAGCAAGUUAAUUGAUCUAAUGGAAUCGGGCUUUAAGCUGGACUGGUUGAAGUCAAAGCUUGAUGAGGUUUCCUUGGAGAGGAAGAAAAAAAUUGAUGCCGAUGCGGCUCGGAUCCAAGAACUCGAGAAAAAGGUCAAGAAUCUUGAGUCGAAGAUCUCGGAUCUUGAAGUUGAACCGGACAAGGAGAAAGCCAAGUCUCCUACUGAACCUAAUUUUCUCUGGUCAAAAAUUAGAUACGACAAUAAGAGUUAUUUGACUCAACGGAAGAAAUGGGAUUAAGAAAAGAAGAGACUGGAAGACAAUGACACAUGUUCAUCGUUUCUUUCUUCACAUUCUCCCCUAUAGAAGUUUUCCUUUAGAAUAUAUUUAC